AUGCAUAAAGACCAACCCAUCCACCACGGCUCCCUAGAGCACCUCCUCCCCCCCAGCUGGAAAUCCCAAAUAACAACCUGGCUAGCCGAAGACACGCCCUCGUACGAUUACGCGGGCUUCGUCGUCGGGGAAUCCCCACGCACCGCCACUUUAUGGGGCAAAAGCGCAGGCAUCAUCGCCGGGAUCCCGUUCUUCACCGAGAUCUUCCGCCAGUGCGGGUGCGAGGUGGAAUGGCUGGCCAAAGAAGGCAGCUACGUCAACCGCCCGAAGGACGGGUCGGGGAAGACCAAAGUCGCUGUUGUAACUGGACCGGCCCGCGGGCUGCUGCUCGGCGAGAGGGUGGGCUUGAAUCUGCUGGCGCGCUGCUCGGGCAUCGCGACUGUCAGCCGCGAUAUGCUGCUCAGCCUGCGCAGCGCGGGGUAUGAGGGCAUCCUGGCCGGCACGCGCAAGACGACGCCUGGGUUCCGGCUCGUGGAGAAAUACGGGAUGUUGGUUGGUGGCGCGGACACGCAUCGCAUGGAUUUGAGUUCCAUGAUUAUGUUGAAGGAUAACCAUGUGUGGAGCCGUGGGAGCAUCACGGACGCGGUUAAGGCUGCGAAGAUGGUGGGAGGCUUUGCGCUGAAGGUCGAGGUCGAGGUGCAGGAUGAGGCGGAGGCGGAUGAGGCGAUUGCGGCGGGCGCGGAUAUUGUUAUGUUGGAUAAUUUUACGGGUGAGGGGGUUAAGAUUGCGGCGCGCAGUUUGAGGGAGAAGUGGAAGGGGAAGAGGGAGUUUUUGAUUGAGGUUUCGGGUGGGUUGCGCGAGGAUAAUGUUUUUGAUUAUGCGAAUAAUGAUAUCGAUAUCAUCUCUACCAGCUCGAUCCACCAAGGUACGCCGCACGUAGACUUUUCGCUCAAGAUCGAUCAGGAGAAAAUCGCCCAGACCUCGUCGUGA